AUGCCUAUUGCCAUUGUCAGCUUUAUAUUUGCACAGCUAAUCUGCACCUCUGCCUUGAGGCAAUAUCCUUACGAGGUUGACUGCCCUAAAAGUAAUUUGGUUAGGGAAGCCAAUAACAAUAUUUGCUUGGAUGAGUCCAACUAUAUCGAAAACAAAAUGCCUUAUAUCAGCUCAUCCUUAAGGAGGUUUUUGGACGGACUCGAGAUGGUGCAAUGUGGCGAUGCUGUUAUUCGAAAAAUAGAGGAAAGACCUCCAAUAAUGGGCCUUGCAAUAUCGGGUGGUGGCUAUAGAUCUAUGCUUACCAGUAGUGGUUUCAUCAAAGAAAUGAAAAAAUAUGGUUUAUUUGAUUGCCUAAGUUAUAUUUCGGGUCUUUCUGGUGGGAGUUGGGUAUUGAUGGAUCUGGUAAUUCACGACUUUGAUGUGGAUCAAAUUCUGGAUAGUUGGGAUCUCAAUGAUCCUCUUCUUCAAGGGAUCCCAGACCUUGAUUUCAAGCAAAAAGACCUAAUCUCUGAGAUGGAUGAGCAAUCACUUGACGAAUUGAGACGAUUAAGUGCAAGAGACUUCACCGAAAUUGACGCCCUUAUGCAGAGAAAUCUAGACUUUUUCAUGAACACCCGUAACCAUGAUAAAACUGACAUAACAGGAGUUUGUAAAAGGGAUUACAAUCCCUUCACAAGGCUAAGAGAGUUACUUUUUCCCACUGAUAUAGAUAGCGUCCCCAAUGCUAAAGAGGAAUUGCCGCCUAGCUCGCUUACCAAUUUACAGCGAAUAUUGAACUUCUAUAUCAGCCUUCAUUUAGAUGUCAGACCAAAGAGAUUCAGGGGCUUCCGUGUCUCUUUUACCGAUUAUUUGGGGAAAGCAUUUAUAAAGCGACUUAAACAGAAUGGGAUGCUUCAAAUUAAUACCACGUCAUUCUCCGAACUAAUGAAACAUUCACCUAAUUUUCUGAAUUACAGAGCUCCAGUACCAAUAUUCGUUGCCAAUUGUAAAAACAAAUCUCUCAAGAACAUUAUCUUUGAAUUUACUCCAUUUGAAUUUGGAUCAUGGGAAUCAAUAGUUAGACUUUUUGUUAAAAUGCCCUUUCUAGGGUCUAAAUUCGAAAAAGGGGUAGCUUCAAAAUGCUUCAACGGUUUUGAUGACAUUGGGUUUAUUGCUGCAACUUCCUCAUCCAUCUUCAACAAUGUUUUAAUUUACAUUUGGGAACUCACUGCAAAGUCAUCCAAGGAGACUAUCAAGGCGAUCAGGUCUAUAUUAAGCGUAUUUGGCUUGAAAAAUAUAAGAAUCAAGACCGAUGAACAAUUAAGAUCUUCAGUUCUCGAGCAAUUGAAAACAGAUUACGCAGUGGUUCAUCCGAAUCCAUUCUUCAAAUUUCCAGGAAAAAAGAAUGCAGUAACCGUUGAUGAUUUUCUCUAUCUGGUUGAUGGCGGUGAAGAUGGAGAAAAUAUACCAUUGAGACCCUUAACGAUACCAGAAAGAAAACUGGACCUAAUAUUUGUUAUAGAUUCCAGCUCUGAUUCACAUAACUAUGCCACAGGGAUCAAACUCAGAAAUGUCUUGCACCAAAUGCAAAUCGGCAGAAAAUACCUAGCGCCUGAAGAAGAUAUAAGUCUGCAGAAUCCCAUAGCACUUGGAUGUUAUGAGAAAGACAUCCCAAUUAUCAUAUAUCAAGUAAAUUCGAAGCACAGCUACUCUUCAAAUACUUCAACUUUCAAAAUUACGUACAAUGAAUCGGAAAUCUCAGGUAUGCUUCAAAAUGGAAGAGAUAUAUUUAGCACUGACAACAACGAUUACUACAAAAACUGCCUCGGGUGUUUAGUACUUAAAAGAUUAUUUGAUGAGCUGCCUAAUUCGGAGUUACCAAUCUUUUGUUCCAAAUGCUACCGAGAUUUUUGUCGCUAG